AUGAGCUCUCACGACAACGAGGAACUUAUCGACUACGAGGACGAGCAGGAUGUCGUCCCCAAUGGCGCAGCGGCUCCGGCCUCUAAUGGCGCGGCAGUCACGGCCGCGGAUGGUGACGACAAGGACAAAAAGAACUUCUCCGGCAUCCACAGCACUGGCUUCAGGGACUUUCUGUUGAAGCCCGAAUUGUUGCGCGCGAUCAGCGAUCUGGGUUUUGAACACCCCUCUGAAGUUCAACAAGAAUGUAUUCCUCAAGCCGUUCUUGGAAUGGAUGUACUGUGUCAGGCAAAAUCCGGUCACGGUAAAACCGCCGUUUUCGUACUGGCGACUCUCCAGCAACUCGAGCCUGUGAAUGGCGAGGUCUCUGUCAUCGUCCUCUGUCACACUCGCGAACUGGCCUUCCAGAUCAAGAACGAGUACACCCGCUUCGCCAAAUACAUGCCAGAUGUCCGCGUCGUCACUUUCUUCGGUGGAACUCCCGUCUCCAAGGAUGCCGAACUUCUCAGAGACAAGACCAAGUGCCCCCACAUCGUGGUAGCGACUCCCGGCCGUCUUAACGCUCUCGUGAGGGACAAGGUUAUGGACGCCAAAAACGUGAAGCACUUCGUUCUGGACGAAUGCGACAAAAUGCUUGAACAGCUUGAUAUGCGUCGUGAUGUCCAAGAUAUCUUCCGGUCGACCCCUCACCACAAGCAAGUCAUGAUGUUCAGCGCGACUUUGGCCAAAGAAAUCAGGGCGACCUGCAAAAAGUUCAUGGCUAACCCAUUGGAGAUUUUCGUCGAUGAUGAGACGAAGUUGACGCUGCACGGUCUGCAGCAACACUUCGUCAAGUUGGAGGAGGUCGGGAAGAACAGGAAAUUGAACGAGCUCCUUGAUACUCUUGAGUUCAACCAGGUCGUCAUCUUCGUGAAAUCUGUUGCGAGAGCGAUCGAGUUGGACAAGCUGCUCGUUUCGUGUAAUUUCCCCAGUAUCAGUAUUCACUCCGGCCUUGCACAAGAGGAGCGUAUAAGCCGCUACCAGGCGUUCAAGGCGUUUGAGAAGCGUAUCCUUGUUGCCACCGAUAUUUUUGGGCGUGGUAUCGAUGUUGAGCGUGUCAACAUCGUCGUCAAUUACGACUGCCCCCCGGAUGCGGACAGCUAUCUUCAUCGUGUGGGUCGUGCUGGACGAUUUGGAACGAAGGGUCUCGCCAUCACUUUCCAGUCAUCGGAGGCGGACCAGCAGGUGAUGGCGACCAUCCAGUCUCGGUUCGAAGUUGCGAUCCCUGAGCUUCCCGAGCACAUCGAUCCUGCUAGCUACAUGACUUCUUAA